AAUUCGGCCCCAAUCUGCUCCGUUGCGUCCUACCAAAACAGGAAGUUUUCAAGAGUUUGGACCUGCAAGCUAGCCACCUAACCUGCGGGGUACAUUCGGAAAUUAGUAUGAAUUUUCAAAUGUUUUAAUCUAGUGGACAACCUGUCACGAACAGAAGUAACAUAUACCCUUCUCAGCUGCUACUGGGAGUAAAUAUAUCUAUCGGCUUAUGUUUGUGCUGUGUGGCUUAAACGCCGUGUCAGAAGUUUGAAGGUUAGCCGAGUAGCUAGCUCCUGAGCUAGCGUUAGCUUAGUCACGAAAGCCAUCGGUUUGUACGGAGCCUGCCUGCCCUGCCAGGCUGAUUCUGUACGGUUAGCCACAGGGCUGGGCUUUGAUUUACAGUCCAACCUGUCAGCUUUUCGUCUUUUACCUAUCCAGUCCGGUCAGCUCACCAAGUGGCACCGUAACAUGAAGUUAUGGAGGAGCGGAAGCUAAAAAGAAAGAGUCCCAGGACUUCCACCAGCGCGGCGCCUCCGUCCGGUGGCUCUGGCCGGAAGAAUAGCGCUUCCACUGGAGGACGGCACCUUGGCUACACGGGGACUCACUCCAGCCAAAAGAACAAGAGCAGGAGGGGAGUGAAGGAUAAACCCAGGUAUCAGCAGGGUUUGGGUGGUAAAGCUAGUCAGAACCAGGGCCAGGCAACACCGAUCGUCCAGCACUCUUUUCUCACAGAUGUUUCAGAUGUACAGGAGAUGGAGAAUGGCCUGCUCAGUCUCCUCAACGACUUCCACUCAGGGAAACUACAGGCAUUUGGCAAUGAGUGCUCUAUUGACCAAAUGGAACAUGUGAGAGAGAUGCAGGAGAAGCUGGCACGCUUGCACUUUGACCUCUACGGUGAGGUGGAUGAAAUGCCCGAGGAUCAGAGGAAAACAGCCUGCGACACCAACAUGGACAAGUUGCUCCUUAAUCUGGAGGAGCUGAGUUCUUCCAUUCAGAAACUGAAUCUAGCCGACACACAAGAGAUCCCGAGGACUGCGAGCGUGUGACUUCCGUCGUCCCGACAUUUCUCAAUCAAAUUUGAGCCGACUAUUUCAUUUAUAGUACCUAUGGGGGUCUAUAAGUACGGGGGGUUGAAACUGCCAUAAUAAAUAAAUGCAAAAUAUC